CCGUUGUCGUUCCCAAAAAAAAAAAAAAAACAAACCGGGUCUCUCUUCCAAUUGGACUUGGUCUAGAGUUUAUUUUCUCGGCGACCGAACAGUGCCGGACUCAUUGGCGUUUCACUCUCGUCUCCGAUUCAUGCCGCCAUGAAUUUCUGCAAGGUCGCCUGCGCCGCCUUAUCUCGCUCCGGACGCUCUAGACUCCAAACUCUCCCGCGCCAAUCCACCACCUGGGCGGUGUCAUCCAAUGAAUCACUGUUGUGCGAUCGCCCGGGCAAUGCCUCAAUUUCGAGCGUCAAUGGAGGUUUAGGGCUCGUGAGGGGUUAUUUAACCUCUGCUGGAGCCGGGGAACACCUGGUUUCAAAUACUCGAUUGUCGCAUUUGGAUUCGAUUUCGAUUCUUGCAAAUCCUAGGGUUCGGCGCUUUUUCUGCAGUGAAACACCUAAGAAGAGUAAGUAUGAAAAUUACCGUCCAAAGAACAAGGCUGGAAUUCCAAAAGAAAAUAAACAGAAAUCCCAGUCCAAAGGGGGAGAAGCAGGUGCUGAUGAGGAGGCGAGAAAGCAGCAGUUUAUCAAUACAACUGGUCCUUUAUUGAUCUUUGCCCUUAUAUAUUAUUCAAUAUUUAUGGGUCGCCAUGAGCAGGAGGAGAUUAGUUUCCAAGAGUUCAAAAACAAACUCCUUGAACCUGGUUUGGUUGAUCGAAUUGUUGUCUCAAAUAAAUCAAUUGCAAAAGUGUUUGUGAGAAGCUCUCCACAGAUUGCAAAUGGAAACACUGAUGAUGCUGUACAAGGUCCUAAUGCUGGUGGCCCUGCCAGAAGAAAUGUGAGCCAGUACAUGUAUUUCUUUAGCAUAGGAAGUGUUGAAUCAUUUGAGGAGAAGCUGGAGGAAGCCCAGGAAGCAUUAGGGAGAGACCCUCAUGAUUAUGUUCCUGUUACAUAUGUGUCUGAAGUGAACUGGUUUGAUCAACUGAUGAGUUUUGCACCAAUAGCAUUGUUCUUAGGGACUCUGUGGUUUAUGGGACGAGGGGCCUCUUUUAGUAUUGGUGGUUCGGGGGGACGAGGUGGCCGUGGAAUAUUCAAUAUUGGAAAAGCACAUUAUACAAUAAUGGAUAAGAAUGCGAAGAACAAGGUGUUGUUUAAAGAUGUAGCUGGAUGUGACGAGGCAAAGCAAGAAAUUAUGGAGUUUGUGCACUUCCUUAAGAACCCAAAGAAAUAUGAGGAGUUAGGAGCAAAAAUUCCUAAAGGUGCGCUUCUUGUCGGCCCUCCUGGCACAGGGAAGACACUUCUUGCAAAGGCAACUGCUGGUGAAUCAGAUGUGCCUUUCCUUUCAAUGAGUGGCUCAGAUUUUAUUGAAAUGUUUGUUGGGGUUGGUCCCUCAAGAGUCAGAAACUUAUUUCAAGAGGCAAGAAAGUGUGCUCCCUGUAUUAUAUUUAUUGAUGAGAUAGAUGCAAUUGGUCGAGCAAGAGGCCGUGGACGCCUUUCAGGUGGAAAUGACGAGCGUGAGAGUACUCUUAAUCAGUUGCUUGUAGAAAUGGAUGGGUUUGGAACAACCUCUGGAGUGGUUGUGCUAGCUGGAACAAAUCGGGCUGAUAUUUUAGAUAAAGCACUGUUAAGGCCUGGUCGAUUUGAUCGUCAGAUCACAAUUGAUGCGCCUGACAUCAAGGGUCGUGCCGAGAUCUUUCAAAUCUAUUUGAAAAAGUUAAAACUUGAUAAAGAGCCAUCUUUCUACUCUCAGAGACUUGCUGCUUUAACUCCUGGUUUUGCAGGAGCUGACAUUGCAAAUGUUUGCAAUGAAGCAGCAUUGAUUGCUGCAAGGAACGAGAGUGCAGAGAUCACUAUUGAACAUUUUGAGGCAGCUAUAGACAGGGUAAUAGGUGGUUUGGAAAAGAAGAAUAAGGUUAUAAGCAAGUUGGAAAGGAGAACAGUUGCUUACCAUGAAUCAGGACAUGCUGUUGCUGGUUGGUUCUUGGAACAUGCAGACCCCUUGCUGAAAGUAACGAUUGUUCCUCGUGGUACAGCAGCAUUAGGGUUUGCUCAGUAUGUUCCAAAUGAAAAUCUUCUAAUGACCAAGGAGCAGCUUUUUGAUAUUACUUGCAUGACACUAGGUGGUCGUGCUGCUGAGCAGGUUUUGUUGGGGAAGAUUUCAACUGGAGCCCAGAAUGACUUGGAGAAAGUGACCAAGAUGACCUAUGCCCAGGUGGCAGUCUAUGGUUUCAGUGACAAGGUUGGUCUUCUUUCUUUCCCUCCAAGUGAUUCAUUUGAGAUGAACAAGCCUUACAGCAGCAAGACUGGUGCUAUCAUUGACAAUGAAGUUAGAGAGUGGGUGGCAAAGGCAUAUGAUCACACACUGCAGCUGAUAGAAAAACACAAGGAUCAUGUGGCUCAGAUUGCAGAGUUACUGCUUGAGAAGGAGGUACUACAUCAAGAUGACUUGGUCCGGGUAUUGGGAGAGCGCCCAUUUAAGUCAAGUGAGCCCACCAAUUACGACAAGUUUGUGGAAGGCUUCCAAGUAGACAAGGCAUCUAAGGAGACCUCAGAUGGCAAAACCGAGUCAGAACCUGAUGUUGUGCCUGCAUAGGUCUUCAAUACAUCUAAGUAUGCAAAACUCUUUUUUUGUUAAGUUUAUUUACAGACAAUCUUAUCUACCCGGGACUGAGUUGUACAAAGUAUCCAAUGCGGGAAUGACAUAUUCAUUCAGGAAAUUAAACUGAUUUUCCUUUC